GCCGGACAAGCCUUCCUCACUCACAGUGCGCUGCUUGCCGAGGAAACUUACUUCUGCAGAUGGAUACGAUGCGAUUGUACACGCUGCUGCUAUGGCUGGUACUGCUGCUGAUAUCGGUGGCUGCUAACAGCGUGCCCGUCUAUCAGCGAGACAAUGCUCGUUCAACACGUGGGUUCAAGAACCAAUAUCUAUCCACGGCUCGAUCAUUCGGCAAGCGAACAGAUUCAGACCUCUCAUCCUCCACUACCUCCCAGUUCUCCAACUGUGACAGUUUCCCUGCAGAUUGGCUGACAAGUGUGAUCCAGAAUAAUGGUCGCCUGGCGAGGCUGAUUGGCAAUAAGUUAACAGAGGCCAGCCAGGACGGCGAGCAGUCUGUUGAUGAGCUACUGAGACCGCCGUAUGGUCCUCCUGCUACCAUCUAUAAGUAGAGGACAGCAGGCGAGCUGGCGAAUAGAAUAAAACACUAUAAUGGGAUUGCUUACUUUAAUAGUAUUUUAUGUUAGGCAAGACGUGUUUUAACCCAUUUAAAUGUAUUAAAUUUUACAUAAAAUU